CGCCCACAAAAAACUGGCCAACAACGAAGCCAUAUAACUGAACCCACAAAGGCAAAGUCAUAUCUACAAAGAAGAAAAAGAUGAUCCAAGAACUGUUGGGAGGUGCAGGUCUUAUAGCAGGAGAGAGGAAAAUCUCUCCUAAAGGGGGAGUUUUACAAGGCAUACCUUCUUCUUCAUCUCCUGUACCAUCUUCUUCUUCAUCCUCAACAACUACUAUUACUACAACAACAACAUCAAAUUCAGAAAGCCAAAACAACUUGAGGUGUCCACGAUGCGAUUCACCCAACACAAAGUUCUGUUACUACAACAACUACAACCUCACUCAGCCUCGCCACUUCUGCAAGACUUGUCGCCGGUAUUGGACGAAAGGAGGUGCACUCCGAAACGUUCCAAUUGGAGGUGGAUGCCGAAAGAACAAGAGUCCUGCUAUUCCAGCAUCUAUUGGAAAAUCAAGCUCUGGCAAGAUGAAGACUAUAUCAUGUGAGAUUGGAAGGUUAGGCCUUGGAGGUGGGCUUGAUCCUGAGCUUCCAUCAGGUCCAAUUCUGUGGGGUUCGCCACAGAACUCUCAUCUGUUGGCCUUACUUCGAUCUACUCAAAACCCUAACCCUAAUCACCUGUCAAAUUCUGUUAACGUGAAGGAGGAAGCCGGAAAUAUGGGUGGAUCCCACAUGAUCAUGACUGAGCCAGCGUUUGCACAUGGUGGAUUAAAUGUUCGGACUUUGGGCAUGGAUCCUCUUGGCCAGGUCCCUUCUCUUGGUCUAUGCAGCUCUUUCUGGAGAAAUAAUCAACAUCAAGGACAGCAACAAAAUGGCUUUGUAAUUGGCGAAGUUCAAAAUGGUGGGAUUCAAGAACUGUAUCAGAGGCUCAGAUCACCAAAUAAUAAUUACUAUGGUGAUCAUCAUCACUCACCAGUAGUUCUGAAUAACUUAGCUUCUUCAUCUUCAUCUUCCCCAUCCAUUUUGGAGUCAGCUUCACUUGCUGGGGGUGAAUUGGGGAUCAACUGUAAUCCAGCAUUUUCGUGGUCUGAUCUCCAUACAACUAAUGGUGCAUAUCCUUGAAAAUCUUAAUUUCCUUUCUUGACUGAUCUUUUCCUUUUUGGUUGUUUGAUCAUAUCAUGCUAGGAUUGUUGUCUCAGUGGUGAGCCGGUACUUGUCUGGGUAGGGGUACGUAUAUGAAAGUGGCUAGAUCAUGAGCAAUGUCAGUCCUAAUUGUCUUCUUCUACUUUUUUUGUCUUUCUUUUAAUCUUUCCAUUUGUGUGCUUUUAGGUGUGUUUAACUUAUGAGGGGUGUAACCAAGGAUCCAGAUGUGAUAAAAAUGGAAAAUGUACGGUGUAAUUUCCGAAUUCUUCUUGAUGUUGCAAAUGGCAUGUAUUUUCACAUA